UAAAGGCGCGUUACCGAGCGGUGUUCAUUUAGUUGAACAGUUUAGGCCAAAUACAAGUUACUAGCUACCACUUUAACCCAUUAAAUCGCAAAAAAUAGAAAUAAAGGCAAGAGGAUGUACAACCCAGGAUAUCAGGUGGAAGUGAUCGAUCCGUAUUAUCAGCCGCCCGUGGAGGUGAUCAAUGUGAUGGGACCUCCUCCCCCCGUGGAGGUGAUAGCACCGUCGCCCAUGUACAACCAACCGGUGGUGGUGGUGGAGCAGCCCGGCUACAAUCAGCCAGGACCCCCUCCAGGAGCCGGUGACGCCGAAUGCUGCAUGCUGCUGGGCGCCUGUUGUGUAUUGGAGGAGUGCGCCCUGUGUGUCAUCUCGUAGAACUGUGCAGUUGUGUAAUACCUUAAAUAAAUAAGAACUAUGUUAAUUAAACGCAAAAAUAUAGACUGAAUCUAAGGGUGA